AUGACGUCCAUUCGCGGAACAGCGGGCUAUCACCUAAAUAGCCAGGCUCACCAAUUCGGAGGAUCAGGAAGACCACAGGCACAAGAUCCAAGUCCCUUGGAAGUGAUUCGAGAGCAAACUGGCAAGAUAGAAGAUCUUUUGGAUACCAUCAGUGAUCCUGUCAAGCCAGCCUAUCUUACUGACAACAAUCUAUUUUCCAGAUAUUUACCGGCGAUAGGUCGAUUUCUAAUAGUUGUAACAUUUUUAGAGGACGCCAUUCGGAUUGUUACGCAAUGGAGUGAUCAGCUCCUGUAUCUAAGGGAAUAUCGACACAUUCCAUACGGCAUAACCCAUCUGUUCUUGAUCGUCAACGUUAUAGCUAUGCUUUCCUGCUCAACCCUCGUUAUAACACGUAAAUAUUCCGAUUAUGCCGUAGGUGGACUUAUCGGUGUGGUAAUUACCCAGGCUCUUGGGUACGGCCUGAUAUUUGACCUAAACUUUUUUCUCCGAAAUCUAUCGGUUAUGGGUGGUCUACUCAUGGUAUUAUCCGACUCUUGGGUGCGUAAAUCAAAAGCAUUUGCUGGUCUUCCGGAAAUCGACGAAAAAGAUCGUAAAAUGUACUUCCAGCUUGCCGGUCGCGUUCUCCUCAUUUUUCUAUUUGUUGGAUUUAUCUUCAGUGGUACUUGGACCAUUUGGAGAAUAAUAGUGGCUAUGUUUGGAGCUGUGGCGUGCCUAAUGGUUGUCGUCGGCUUCAAGGCCAAGUUUUCGGCUAUCAUGCUAGUGGUGAUUCUCAGUGUUUUCAAUAUCCUUGUCAACAACUUCUGGACUCUCCAUGAACACCACCCACACAAAGACUUCGCAAAGUAUGAUUUCUUCCAGAUCCUUUCUAUUGUUGGCGGACUCCUUUUGCUGGUCAACAGUGGACCGGGAAAAUACAGUAUUGAUGAGAAGAAAAAGGUUUAUUAA